AUGGAAGCAUCAAAAUUGAUUGACACUCCCAUUGCCACUGCCACUCGACUAGACAUGGCUGAAUCUAGCUCUCCUGUAAAUCAAACAAUGUAUAUAAGCAUUAUUGGGUCUCUUCUCUAUCUCACUGCCAGCUGGCCAAAUAUUGUCUUCAGUGUGGGACUGUCUGCAAGAUUUCAGUCAAAUCCCAAGGAAUCUCAUCUGAAGCCUCCUGCUGUGCUCAGCUUCUAUGGAUCAAACAACAAUUGGAAGAUUUUGGAGUGUACACUGACUGUGUGCCUCUUCUGUGAUAACACAAGUGCACUCAACAUGGCCAAAAAUCCAGUCCAACAUAAAAUAACCAAGCACAUUGAUGUGAGACAUCAUUUCCUCAGAGACAAUGUGGAGAAGGGGUUUAUCUGUAUGAAGUUUUGCAGCACAGAAGACCGAAUUGCAGAUAUUUUCAUAAAAGCACUAAGCAAAGAGCACUUUGAGAGAAAUAGGCUGCACUGGGGCUAA